CCAAAUAUAGACAUUCUUCCAGUGUCUAUUCAUGUUGGGCUACAUUUUGAACUCUAAUAUUUAUUUCUUCGUAUGUGCUGCCACUUUUGAAAGACAAAUAAAUACCAUGUGUCUGUUGGGAUUUUGAUAAGUGUCUGUGUGUGCUGUAAAAUAUGUGGCUGAGCUGAGGCUAAAUAAAUAAAAUGAAUAAAAUGAGUCACAGUGUUACAUAAACAUAAAAAUAUGCCAUUGUUUAUUUGACAGUUUACUCAGAAUAUCACUAUGUAUGUCCAUCAUAUUUCAAGAUGAAUUGUUUGUUGGUCUAGUGUAGAUAUUUUACCAUGUAUAUUUGCAUUGUAUGGAUUGUGUGUGUGUGUGUGUGUGUGUGUGUGUGAGUUCAGGAUGCCCCUCGGAGGGGGAAACAGGUGUGGCUGUUGCCAGAAGACUGUAUACUUUGCAGAGGAAGUCCAGUGCGAGGGGAAGUAUUUCCACAAGUCCUGCUUUCUCUGUAUGGUGUGCAGAAAGAAUUUGGACAGUACCACAGUAGCUGUACAUGUGGAUGAGAUCUACUGCAAAUCGUGCUAUGGCAAGAAAUAUGGUCCAAAAGGCUACGGUUAUGGUGGUGGUGCUGGAACCUUGAGUAUGGACUCAGGUGAAGGACUGGGGAUCAAACCUAUGGAGCAAGCACCACAUCAUCCUACCAACAACCCCAAUCCCUCCAAGUUUGCACAGAAAUUUGGCAGCUCAGAUGUGUGUCCUCGCUGUGGCAAAUCUGUUUAUGCAGCAGAGAAAGUGGUGGGAGGUGGGAAUUCAUGGCAUAAGAGCUGCUUUAGGUGCGCUAAGUGUGGAAAGAGCCUGGAGUCCACCACACUAGCUGAUAAAGAUGGAGAGAUCUACUGCAAAGGUUGCUAUGCUAAGAACUUUGGGCCGAAGGGUUUUGGGUUCGGCCAGGGGGCAGGAGCUCUAGCCCAUGCCCAAUAGGAAAGCAGUACACAAGAUCAAGAGGAUCUGCUCCAUCUCUCUGCUUCGAUUUCUGCCUACUACACCUACCACGGAGUCUCACAUGCUUGCGAUUUGCAUGCGGAAAUGCUUUUAAAGCUUUAACUACUCAUUAAAAGAGCAUUAUUUUACAUGGACUGAAUUCCAGAAACAGCAUGGUUGCACUUUCAAUGAUGGGUUUAUCAAACAGAUGAAGUUUUCAUACUGUUUUAUAUCUACUGGGGUUUAAAUGUUCUUAAUGAAUCUUAAAAAUAAUGGGAGGUUAACAAUCCUUUAAAAGUGCUACAAAAGAGCUAAUUUAUUAAGGUGACUAAAUAAAUAGUUUCUGUGGUGAACCAGUAGUGGUUUAAAACACAUUACCUUUCUGUGUAAUACUACACAUAUUACUAUACAUUAUAGUUUAUGCUUCUUUGGGACCUUUAUACAUGAAACUAAAAGAAACAUGCUGCAUGUCUCAUAGUGAAGAAAGUAAUUGUGGAGAAAUGGUUGUGAUUACACUAAAAUGAUCUCUAUAGACUGCUAUAACCUUCCUACAUAGAAGCAAGAUGAAAUAUGUGCAGAUGACCUGAUUGUUUGUUUACCUCUGACAUCAUUGAGACAUCAAGAAGCAGCGAGUAUUGUUAAUGAACAAUGAGGGGUUAUGUCUCUGAGCCUGUCAGCACCCUGACAAGGAGCAUGUGGUCAUGAACACACAGACUCAGCUGGAUGAGCGAAUCAGGGAAUGAAAGAGUGACAGGUUGUCUCGUGCUAAUCUGAAACGAAAUACUCCAAAUGCAGGUUUAAGGCUUUAAAUAUACAACAGAAAUACAUACAUCAGUAAAAUGUACAUCAGUAGCAGACUUGUCUUUUUUAAGUCAUGUGUUGUGUGUGGAAAAAAGUGGAGCAUGCUUUGCCACCAGAGGGAGUCCUUAUGGGUAAUGCCCAAUGCUCAUUUCACUUGUUGCUGGCAUAUAAAGGCAUAAAGGUUGAUAGUAAAACUAAAUCAAAUCAGUA